AUGUGGUCUACAGCAACGAGAGUAGUCUCGUCCACUACCUUUCUCGGCGCCAUCAUAUUCACCAUCCCCCUCGCCUUUGACAUUGGCGGCCGGACAUGCGGUCUGGCCUUUUCCCUGUCUCUCAGCGCCUACUACUUCCUCUACUCGAUCCUCCGCUUGGCCACGCCAAACACCUCUCGCUUCCGCUGGUUCCUGUGCAACGUCGUCGCUUGGGCGCAAUGGCUGGCCAUACCCACGCUGUUGAUCUGGAGCCUCAACAAGUUUUCCAUCGAUGCCAAUAACUCGGGCUGGGUCGAGCGUACCUUGGGCGGCAAGCGUGCCGACUUUGAGAGUGUGCACGAAUGGAUAUUUGGCGCUGAAGGUCUGCUGGAGAGUUUCUCGAUUGGUGCCUGGGACAAGACGCUGAGGUACAGCACGCCUGUGUUCCAGGUAGCCGAGGGCUUCUGCAGUCUGUUGGUUAUUCAGGCCGCAGGGCAGAUUACACGAUGGGUGGUGAACCGGGAGCGCGGCGACAGCUGGAUGAUUGGCCUUCUCAUCACCUCGGCCUCCAUCAUCUCGACCUCUGUCUACUUUUUGUGGCGCAUCACCACCUUUCCCGAGAUUAGCAAUGUGGACGCUAUUUUGAUUGGCGUUGCUAUUACGACUGCCAGCUACCUCGGUGGCUGGGGUAUUGUCAGCGCACGAGGAAACCCGGUUGAAUCCUCGCUUUUGUUUGCCUAUGUCACUCUCUGCAUCUACCAAAUCUUUACCGACUACCAGCCAUCUCCGGGCUCCGUGAGUGAAUCCAACCUCACAUCCGAGCCCGCUCUGCCUCCACUCCCACCGAUUAUCAUGGCUUCGUAUACGACGCUUCUCCAUGCCCUUGGUUCCCUCCCCACCAUUGCCCAUACCGGCUUCAACCUCAUGGUCGGUGCCAUCAUGACCAUUACACCCUCAGUCAUCAUCUCCCUGGCCUAUCGCGUGUUUGUCAUGUAUGCCGCAGCUCGCAUCAUACCUGCGAUCCGAGAAAGCGGGGCACGAGCACUAUCGCAAGAGCCCAGCCUGGAUGACGACGACGAAACGUCCAAGAUUCUUGGUUUCCUGACGUGGUUCAGCCCCAGCAUCAUCAUUGCCGUGUACACGAGUCUGCUCAUGCAGCACUUUGCUAGUGGAAACGGCGGUGACGGCAGUGCGGUGACGGGCGAGUGGUGGACGAAUCAGGGUGGUGACGCCGGCGGCAAUUUUUGGCGCUGGAUCAAUCUCGGCAUCACCAUGGGUCUUUAUGCGAUUGAGCUGAAGAUUUCGAAUGCGGAUGAUGAUGGAAGGUUGACAAGUCACUGGAAGGUUGACUAG